GACAAAUUUUUCUGUUUGCUUCCUGAUAUGUUAUGUGAUGCUUCGAUCAGAUCUAUAAUAUAUUAUCUAAUAGUAAUAAAGAGAUACGUUUCGUAUGUUUAAUCAUAUAUUAUGUUUUAUUCUUUCUUAUUCAACUCAUACUGCGUAAUUAUGUUUAAUAUGUAAUAUUUAAUUAUCUGCUUCAUCAAAGUGCAAAUGCCUCAUCAUAUUUAUUUACCCUAAGAAAUGCGAUCAGCUGUUUGCCAAGGUUAAUUUAUAGAUAUGAAUUUGCUAUAAAAAGAAACUGAAAGUUCUCACUUUCAGUUUUACUUUUCAUCUCGCUUAAAUUAUCAAUCAUGCUACCAUCCAUCUUCUUAGUGAUUGGCGUUCUUGCACAGCAGACAUUCGCUGAAGAACCCGAAGCGAUCGUCGGUGGUCAGACCGCCACACCAGGUGAAUUUCCGCAUCAAGUUUCCUUGAAAUAUAAUGGCAAUCACGUUUGUGGUGGCUCCAUCAUCGCCUCGAAUAAGAUUCUGACGGCUGCACAUUGCGUAACAUUUACAAAACCACCCUACAAAGACUUUAAAGUUGCCACUGGGUCUAUCUCAAUCACUGGAGGAGAACUCCAUAACGUGGAGAAAAUUAUCGUGCAUCCGCAAUACUCUGAUAGAUACGAAGAUGCUUGGAAAAAUGACAUCGCUGUGAUUAAGUUCAAUCAUUUAUUUUAUUCGUUUCAGCUCGCAUCGCCCAUUCAAUAUAAUCAAUUCCAAAAACCGAUCUCCCUCGCCAAGUCUAAACCUUUCCUCGGACAGAUAUGUACUUUAUCAGGAUGGGGUAGGCUACACACGAAUGGACCGCUCCCAAGCAUACUUCAAAAGAUGGUUCAAAUUGUGAUCUCACAGAGCCAAUGUCAGAAAGAGCUCGCUGAUAUGCCUUUGACUGCUUCUCACUUAUGCAUGCUCAAUCGUUCAGGAAUUGGUGCUUGCCUGAAACGUUUGUCUGUCUUUCAGGGUGACAGUGGUGGUCCGCUCAUCUGUGACGGCGUACAGGUUGGUGUUACCUCCUGGGUUGCUCCUUGCGCUAAGGGUUAUCCUGAUGUCUACACUGAUGUCUACUAUCAUCGCACUUUUAUUUAUAAUGUCUAAGAAAA